AUGGAAUACAAUGAUCAGCCUGAUCUCUUAGCAUUUUUGCAAGAGCAAGAACAACUACGUCUACCAACUAUGGAUUUCAAUGCUCACACUCUUUCAGCUACAGGAGGUAAUGUUACUGGGUCUUCACCUCAUUCUGAUACGAGUACAUUGAUAGAGUUGGAAAAAUUGAAGAAUUUUACUGAUGUAUCGACUGAGCAUAUCAAUAAUAUUAUUACAAGUAAUAACAACACUGGAAGUCUUCUAUUAUUAAGCUCUAAUGACGAUCAGCCAGUGUCUAAAGAAGAAGAAUUAGAGAAGAAGAGGAAACAGAAUAGAAUGGCACAGAAGGCAUUUCGUGAAAGAAAAGAAGCAAAGAUAAAGGAGUUACAGAACAGAUUGGCUACUACUCAAGAGGAUAAUGAGAAACUAAUGAACGAAAUUAAAGUUCUAAAAGAAUUCAAUUUAAAGAUUAACUUCGAGAAUAAUAAAUUGUUGUUGAAACAGAAGGAAAUACAAAAUAAUACCUGUGGCAUGACCACUGAUCAAUAUGAUACAAAGUUCUCGUUCCCUACUCAGGACCAAUUCUUCGCUAAUAUGUUAAAUGGUACUGUCCGCGAUCAAUCCAAUUUGAAAAGCGUAGACUAUAUGGACAGCGACGGAAACAGGUUGCUGACUAUACCGGCAGUCUGGGAAUAUCUAAACAGUUUGACUAACUAUUUUGAUAUCGAUAUUCCUAAUGUCAUGGAAAAUUUGAAAGGUCAUGAACAAUGCAAUGGUUUUGGUGCAGCUUAUAAAAAAUCACUAAUCGAUAGAUUAGUUCAGGAAGCUCUUGAACAAUUUUAA